AGAAUCAAAGCCUUCACUCACUUUUCCUUACAAUAACACUCAUAAGACACAAACAACCUUGCCCAAGCUCUUUGCUCCUGUUGCAUCAUCCUAGAACCAAACUGAAAGUAACUUCAGGACACUCCAAGCUCUGAAUCUCCGAAAAAUGGGCAGCCUUCAGUUCACUACGUCGGAUCUCCAAACGAGCAUGCGCGGAGUCCGGAGCAGCCCCACGCUGCUGUGCACGCCGUUGAUGGGCACCACGGUCGACCAGAUGCUGGUCGAGAUGAGGAAGGCCAAGGAGAUUGGGGCCGACCUCGUCGAGAUCCGCCUCGACUGCCUGAGGAACUUCAAUCCUCUCCAGGACCUCGAGAUCCUCAUCAAGCAGUCCCCUCUUCCCACUCUCGUCACCUACAGGCCGGUCUGGGAAGGCGGCCAGUAUGAAGGCGACGAAAGCAAGAGACAGGACGCUCUUCGGUUGGCGAUGCAGCUCGGAGCUCAUUACAUCGAUGUUGAGCUCGAGGUUGCUCAUGACUUCAACAAUUCCAUUCAUGGAAAGAAGCCCGACAACUGCAAGGUCAUCGUGUCUUCGCACAACUUUCACAACACUCCGUCAGCCGAGGCCAUUGGCAAUCUCGUGGCGAGAAUCCAAGCUACUGGUGCUGAUAUAGCCACAAUCGCGACGACCGCACUAGACAUUACAGAUUGCGCACGGAUUUUCCAGAUAACCGUCCAUUCUCAAAUUCCAAUAAUCGGAAUUGUUAUGGGCGAGAGGGGUUUGAUUUCAAGAAUUCUUAGCCCCAAAUUCGGUGGAUAUCUCACUUAUGGUGCACUUGAGGCCGGUGCCAUAUCCGCUCCAGGGCAACCGACAGCUAACGACUUGUUGGACUUAUACAACUUCAGGCUCAUCAGGCCCGACACCAAAGUUUACGGUAUCAUUGGCAAGCCAGUCGGUCACAGCAAGAGUCCUCUCCUGUUCAAUGCGGCAUACAAGUCGGUCGGCCUCAAUGCAGUCUACUUGCAUUUUCUGGUAGACGAUGUCGAGAAGUUCUUCAACACCUAUUCAGCCAUCGACUUUGCUUCUGGAUGCAGUUGCACAAUUCCUCACAAGGAGGCCGCACUCAAGUGCAUGGACGAGAUCGACCCGAUUGCAAAGAAAAUUGGGGCUAUCAACAACAUUGUGAGAAGGCCUGAUGGGACAUUGACUGCUUUCAAUACCGAUUACAUCGGUGCCAUUGCUGCUAUCGAGGACGGAUUGAGAGAGUUAAAUGGGGUGAGUCCAGGAGCCUCGCCAUUAGCCGGUAAACUGUUCGUCGUCCUCGGAGCUGGUGGUGCUGGCAAGUCGCUCGCUUAUGGAGCUGCUCAGAAGGGAGCUCGAGUAGUGGUGGCCAACCGGACAUUCGAGCGGGCCAAAGAGCUUGCCGAGAAGGUGGGAGGACAAGCUACGACUCUUGCUGAGGUCGAGAACUUCCACCCCGAAGAAGGCAUGGUUCUUGCAAACACGACAUCCGUCGGCAUGAAACCUAAGAUUGAUGACACCCCCCUGGCCAAGCACGCUUUGAAACGUUAUUGCCUGGUGUUCGAUGCCAUUUACACACCGAAGGAAACCAGACUCCUACGCGAAGCGAGAGAGACCGGAGCUGUUAUUGUGUAUGGAACGGAGAUGUUGAUCCGUCAAGGCUUCGAGCAAUAUAAGAAUUUCACUGGCUUGCCUGCACCGGAGGAAUUGUUUAGGACGCUCAUGGAGAAACACGCGUAGAAGGGCGGCAUCCAUCCGAGGAAUUUCUGAUAUUCAGCUGAACCGAACGUCCCCGACAGG